AGGCACUUUGCCUUUUAUGGAGCAUAUCACAGCAACCCAGUUAACAUUUUGAUACACACUUUCUUUGUGUGGCCAUUAUUCUUCACUGCUGCUGUUCUUCUCCAUUUCACACCUUCUCUCUACAGUUUCCCAUCUGGGUUUAGUGAACAUUGUCUUGAAUUGAAUUUUGGGUUUGUUUUUACUUUGAUGUAUGCUGUUUUUUAUGUUUGCUUGGAUAAGAAAGCAGGGCCCUUGGCAGCCUUGCUCUGUUUUCUCUGUUGGGUUGGAGCCAGUUUUCUUGCUGGUGGACUUGGGUUUUCCAGGUCAUGGAAGCUUGUUCUGGCUGCUCAGUUGUUCUGCUGGACUGGACAGUUCAUAGGCCAUGGGAUAUUUGAGAAAAGAGCACCAGCUCUUUCAGACAACUUUGUUCAAGCACUUCUAAUGGGGCCUUACUUUGUGCUGCUUGAGCUUCUUCAAUCAGCCUUUGGCUAUGAACCUUAUCCAGGUUUCCAUGCAAGUGUGAGAAAACAGAUUGAAGCUGAUAUCAGAGAGUGGAAGGCCAAGAACCAAAAGAAACUGAGAUGAAUGCAUUGCUUUAAUUUGAAUUGAUAUUCAUGAAUGUACUGGCUCAAAUGCAACUUGCAUUUUGUCUUGUCAGAUGCUUUGUUUCUUUCUUGGGAUGUCUGCUUUUUUUUUGGGUUGGAUUAUUUCUUUUGGUCGAUCCAGUUCAUCUGCAAAUGUCUACUUUUUUUUGGGUUAGAUUAUUUCUAAUGG